GUUUAAUUCAGUGAAAGACUGAACAAAAUAAAAACAUGCUCACGUGUGAAAAACAUUCAUAUAAACAUAAAUCAUACAGCCAGCUAGCCUGUUCACGUGCAUGGUCAUGGCCAGUGACGUUACCACCUGUGAGGAGGAUGCGGGUGUUAAUUAACUUUUCAAGUUGGGAGUUAAUUUGCAGAGAAAGGAGGACGCCACAGCUCGUUUUGGUGCAGAAAACCAAUUCUUCAAACGCCAGCAUCUCUAAACUACACACUGGAUGACAACCUGGGAACAUGAGCGUCACUUCUGGGACUGUUUUUUGGCGUGGAGAGCCGUCCUGGCUGUCCAAGGUGGACUUUCUGAUUGAAGAAGUAGGAACACUUUUCCACAGAGGAGGAAUAACUGAACCACUUCAUCCAGGACAGGAUGGACUCCAAGUGAAGCGAUCAUCAAAUGAUCUCAACAGUGGGAAUCAAAGAUUUAACCUCAGGGCAUCAGCCGCAUACCGCAUCAAGAUAUUUUUAAAAUGGUGCACUGUCCAGUCAAGGGAAAUAUCAGCUUCAUCCCAUCAAACCAAACAGCAGUCAAGUUUAGCUCUUUGAAUCUUUUUACCAUUUCCCUCCAUGGCAUUUUCUCCUCCAUCGGCAUCAUAGAAAACCUCCUCAUCCUCGGAGUAGUGGGCUUUCAUGUCCGCCGCUCUGUCAUCAGCAUCUGGAUCCUGAACCUCGCAGCCUCUGACCUGCUGGCCACCUCCUCCCUGCCCUUUUUCACCCUCUACAUGGCCCGCGGUAACACGUGGACAUUGGGCACAACCUUUUGCCGCAUCCAUUCCUCCAUCUUUUUUCUCAACAUGUUUGUCAGUGGCUUCCUGCUGGCUGCCAUUUCUCUCGACCGCUGCCUGGUGGUGCUGAGACCUGUCUGGGCCCAGAACUACAGGAACGUCAGUCUAGUGGGGAGGAUAUGUGGGGUGAUUUGGGCCUUGGCUGUGUUGUGCACCAUCCCCUUCUACAUAUUCCGCGACACCAUCCACCUACCUAAUGGCAAGAUCUUGUGUUACUACAAUUAUGCUCGACUCCUCCCUAAUGAGCCUUACGACCUGGGAUCUUUAUGUAAGCAGCGCAAGGAGGCCUUGGCCUUCAUGAAGCUCUUUCUGGCCUUCGUGAUCCCUCUCCUGAUCAUCAUCCUCAGCUACGUUGCUGUGAAUGCUGGCUUGGCACGCAGAGGCUGCAGACGCCCUUUCCGCUUUGUUCGGCUUGUAGUGGCUGUGGUGGUGAGCUUUGUACUCUGCUGGGCCCCGUACCACGUAUUCAUCAUCAUCGAGGUGAUGUCCUCCCAUGGGCAUCCUGCACAGAAAUUUGCAGGAAAGGUCCUCCCAAUCUCAGCUACCAUUGGCUUCCUUAACAGUGUCCUUAACCCGGUUCUGUAUGUGUUCAGCUGCCCCGACCUGUGCAAGAAGAUCAGACAUUCUCUGGGUGCGGUGAUGGAGAGUGUUCUCGCUGAGGAUCUGGCAGAGUUGGCCCGACGCCGCAGCACCAUGCGCAGCUCUUUGAGCAACACAGAGGUGGUGUUGAAACCGAGGAAUUCUAUUAUAGCCUUGUGUAUGAAAACAGAGGAAGAGGAGAAACAAGAGCAGAAUGAACAUAAUGCUAACCUUCCUCAAGAGAACGACAACCAAAUGGAAAUUCUCUAAUCAUGGCCAGGCUUUUUGUUACUUUUAAGUCUUUAUUUGAAGCAGACCUAGAUAGCAGACAGGAGACCUUUAUUUGUGAAGUUGUGUUUGUAGUUUUCUAACAAUGUUUUAUUUUUCUGAUCUCCUCCAGCUUUAAUUUGUUGUUGAUGCAAAAGCAAAAUCAUUUAUCUCAUUUACAUGUUCACUUUUUACUUUCAGAGUAAUGCAUUUUUCAAAGCAUCGCUCUCAUCAGUACAGCUGCUACUGAGUUUUCAUUCCCCUACUGUUGCUUAUUGUUUUGAGUUGAACUAACUCAACACUUCCUGUAUAUAAAUUUUUCAAAAUAAAACCCAUCCAGCUCUGAAACUGCUUACCACUUGAAUGCACUGGUCAAGGCUGUUGGAUCUGAGUAGAGGUGAGCAAGUAGACCAUUGAUAACGACAGUAUCAGGUUUAUACUUGGUCAUUUGUUCUGUAUCACAUUUAUUGUCCACAAAUUAUUAUUAUUAUGUUUGACACAAUUAACUUGAAUUAAAGGUUUAAACCAUUUGGUUUGUAGAAUCUACAUGUUGCAGGUAUGAUGUUUUUCUACCAAGCUGGUGUAAUUCCUUCUGUUGCUGGCAGGCUUUUAUUUUGAAAUGUGUGCAGGAAGUGUCAUUUCUCAUUGAAGGAAACUUAAUUGUUUCGGCAGAGUCAAUCCACUGGACUUUGUUGUACUGAUGCAGAGUGUGUUGUGGCAUGGGGCAGUGCUGUACAUUACGCUCAUCAUUCCAUCCCUCCUUAACAUUUUCUGCCUGGUCCUUAUUAUCAGCAGGACUUUAUUUGUCUGUGCUCUCCAGCUAUUCUGACUAUUCUGAACCCUGGAUUUUCUCGAUUUUAUUUUGAAAUGUAUGUGUAUGUAUCUUACCAGUAUUAUUACAGCAUAAAUUGUUAUAUUCAAUAAUUUAGUCAUCAUUAUUAUACAGUGUGAUUUUUUUUUUUUUUUUUUUUACUUGCCUUUACAAGCCUUUACAUGCCUGAUUGAUUUCUAUUGUAUAUCUGGUCGAAGUGAUUGCUUCUUUUUAGUGUGUUGCUUUGGAAAAAAAGUUUGAACUAGAGAUGUUUCUCAUUCGAUGUUGUCAGUAGCUCUGGUAACUAACACAAGCACAUUUUUGGAAAUGGAGUACUGUAUCUUCUCUCUAUUUGGCUAUUCUAUUUCUAUUGAUUGUUAUUAUAUUCUAUUUCUAUUUCUAUUCUAUUUCUAUUGUUAUUUUUUAUAAAUUCACCCCUCGUACUUACAAUACAAAACAAAUGUCUCAAAUGUUGCAUUGUGUGUCUGUUUCUCUGUCCAUGUAACAUCUAUACCAUGUAAUACUGUGAUGCAAUAAUAAAAAAGAAAAAAAAGAGAAAAGCACUGUUUCCGUAGUGAUUCACACUGUAUUUUUUAUAAAUGAGUGACAGCAAACAAGUGAUGAAACAUGACAGUUUAAGUGUUGUAAACAUGUAACAGUUAAAAAAAGAAAAAAACUUGUAGAAAAAUUGUACAUUGUCCACACUGGUUCAUUUUCACACAUUGGCCAGACUCGUCAAAAUAAACAAAUCUAGUAAAAAGAUGAAUUGAGGAAAUGAAAUUGUAGUUUAUUUGGCUUCAUUUGACACUGAUGUCACAAACAACUUUUCAUGUUUCUACUCCAUUAUAUAUGUGCUGUGCUGAUUUUAGGUGAGCAACUGUUUAAGUCUUUGCACUUUGAGAUGUGUGUGCUACACACAAAUGUUUCCAUUUUCAUCUUAUUCUGAAACAGUAUGCAUCACCAUGCGAAACUAA